AAAGAGAGAGGAGAGAAUUGAAUUAUAUAUAUUUUUUUGUAUAAAUAAUUUGGCAAUCGUCAGAUGGCGUACUUGCCAAUUGUUGACUCUCUCUCUCUCGCUCCUCCGCCCCUCAAAUAAAUAUAUAUUUUUUAUGAUCAAAAUGGCAGCAACAUUCGGAACAACGUUGUGUCCUCACACAAGGCGGACGCAGUUUCCUCAUCGCGUCUCGUCAUAAAUAACACACACCUUGUUUAUCAGCAAUAAUAUCACCGCAAUAAAAUAUUAUUAUAAUAAUAACAAUAAAUAUACAAACUAAAUAAAAAUAAAAAAAAUAAAAAAACACUUAUCCUAAUUUUUUAUUUUUUGUACACGUGUGCAUCAUCUUGUGGUUCAUUUUUAUCAUAGAAUCUCAUUGGUGGAAAUAAAGAACACGAAAAAGUGAAAAAAAAAAAAAGCGAUAUAUGUUAAAAUAAAUAAAAAACGAAGAUUCCCUCCAUUGUGUUUAUCUUCUCUCUUUCUUGCUCUCUCUUACUCUCUUUCUCUUGUGUGGAAUAAAAUUUAAAAAAAAAUAAUUUUUAGAGACAGAAAGACAGGACACACCAAUACACAUAUAUACACUUUAUAUAUAUUUUUUUCGCCUCUUUCUUCUUUUUUUUAUGAAAAAAAAAAAAAAUAAUAAUAAUCAUCAACGACGACGACUACGAUAAUCAAGUGUUGGUGACCCAGCAGUUUAUUUAUUUAUCAAUUGUGUGUUUAAUGUUGUUAACCAAAAAAUAAUAAAUAAUUGUUUGUGAUUAUUUAAUAAUACAACGUAAACAUUGUUUAUUAAUAGUUUUGUGAAAGUCAAUCAAGUUCAUAUUCCAGUUAAUAAUUAUUGGCGUUGUGAAUUAUUUUUAUAUUUAUUUUUACUUUUUUUUUUUUUUAAUUUUAUUAUUACAUUUUUGAUAAUUCAUUGGUAAUACACAUCGUCGUCAUCAUCAUCAUUAUCAUCAUCAUCAUCUUGAAGUAGUGAGUGUUACAGUUUUGGAGUAGACGCUUUGCCGGAUAUAUUUGAAAGUGUCUUAUCAGUCCCAGGAAAUAUAUAAAAUAUAAUUUAAUAUAUACUGGAAAAAAAAAAAAGGAAAUGUCCAUGGUUGACUGAUCAUUCAUAAAAUUUUUCAACGAAAUAACGAAUUUAAAAGAGAAAAAAAAAAAUCUGAUGAUUGACAUACAGAAGAUGGGAAAAUAAAUUAAAAAUAAUCAAUAAUGAUUGAUAAAAUUCCAAAAUAUUAUAAUUGAUAAAAAAUAUUGAUAGCCUGUUGAUAUCAGGCUAGUGACACCAUUAAGGUGUCGAAAAUUAAUGUAAUGGAUCCAGUUGGUUCAUGGUAUGCAACAUACGAUCGUAUACAAACAGGUGCAACAAUUGGCCCGUUUGAAAAUGUUGAAUCAACAGGUACUGGUAAUUUUAUAACAAAUAAUCAAAUAAUAGGAUCAACAACAACACCAACAGUAGCAGCAGCAACAACAACACCAUUAUUAUUACAAACAUCAACAGUAUCACCAGAAUCAUCAUCAUCAACAGCACCAACAACAACACCAACUGGUGUACAUCCAGCAGUAUCAAUAACUGGUCAAACAACAACAUUUAAUCCUGCUAAUUAUUUAACACAAGUACCAACUGUUAGUUAUGAAGUAUUUCCAUUAUUUCAACAACAACGACAACAAAUACAAAUGACACAAUUAGCAGGUAAACAUUCAACAGCAACAUCACCAGUAUCGGAUGUUGAAAAUGAAAAUUAUUUAGUUAGCCAUCAACAACAACAACAGCAACAAAAUACAACAUCUUAUUAUGAAACACAACAGACACAAUCAACAUCACCAAAUUCAUCAACAAUUGGAUGGUCAUCACAUCAAACAAAUACAAGUUUACCAAGUCCAUUUGGUAUAUUACCACAUGAAAGUAUUGUAUGUCCAAUAUCACCACAACAAACAUCAUCAACAAAUACAAAACAACAAACAACAAAUAAUACAACAACAGUAGUACAAAAUUAUGAUGGUAGUUUUAAUGUUCCAUUUACAAGUGGACAAGUUAUUAAUAAUCAACAAUUAACAUCAACACCAACAACAACAACAAAUUAUCAAAAUAAUAAUAAUAAUAGUAGUAAUCAAACAAAUGAUAAAUUAACAAUGCAACAAAGUUGUAUUGUAACAGCACAAAAUAAUAAUAUUACAAAAGAUUAUAGACAUCAUCAGCAUCAACAACAACAACAACAAGUUACAAGACCAACACCAACAAUAAUAUCGUAUCAACAAUCACCAUCGUCAUCAUCAUCUUCCUCGUCUUCUUCAUCCUCAUCAUCAUCAUCAUCUGUAUCAUUAUCAUUAUCAUCACAAUUAAUUAAUGAUAAAAAUACAAUACGUAAUUAUAAUGGUACAUUAAAAUCAAAUGGUGUUAAUGGUCAAGUUACUGUACAAACAAAAGCACAAGCUAAAAUAUAUCCAGAUAUUAUUAAUAAUCAUGAACAUCAACAUUCUGGACAUGUUGUUGAUACUGUACUUGAAACAUCACAAUCAUCACCAAUUAGUUAUUCAAUUAUUGAUAAUAGAAAUAUUAAUUAUCAACAAAAUGGUAAUAUACCACAACAGCAACAACAAAAUAAUAAUCAACAAAGAACAAUUAUUAAUACAAAUUUACAACAACAACAACAACAACAACCACAAUUUCAUAUUAUUAAUCAACAAACACCAAAUCAACAACAAACGUAUCGUCAAUUUGUAACAAAUUCACAAAAUGAUCAUGAAUAUCAUCAUCCAAGAUCAAAAUCAUCAGCAUCAACUGAUUCAGCAUAUUCAUCAACAACAUCAACAACACAAAAUGGUAUUGAUUGUAACGGUGGUGGUGGUAGUGGUGGUAAUGGUAGUGUUGUUGUUGUACCACGUAGACAAAGUCCAUUACAAGGACAUUCACAAGCAAGUCCACUUGGACAUGCACCAAGUCCAGCAUAUCCAAUGUACAAUAGUCCAAUGACAUCAAUGUCAUCACCAUCACCAUUACAACAUGAUAUUAAUCAAGGAUCAUAUAUUAAAACACAAAUGACACCACCAUCACCACUUGAUGUUACAAUUGUAACAACACGUCCACCAUCAACACACAAUCAAAUUGGUUAUCCAUCAGUUAUAACAAGAGCAUUGAGUAUUACAGAUAAUAAUAAAACAAGUAUUUAUGAUAAUACCAAUGAUACUAAUAUUAAUUAUCAACAAAAAACACAACAACAAUUGUGUUGGGAUAAUAAUCCAAGACAAGAUAAUAAUAAUUAUACAACAAAUAAUGAACAAUUAAAUUCACAACAAGUUAUAACUGCUCAACAAGUACAACAAAGAAUUUUAGUUGUACCAGAGAGAUUAACAAAUUAUUUUAAUCCAACACAAGUUACAUUACAAAAUGAACAAUUAAAUAUUGUUAAAAAUAUACAAUCAGCAGCUUGUCAUUUACAACAAGCGCUGCAACAACCAUUAACAAUAAAUAAUAAAAAAACUGAUAAACCAAAAAAUACUAGAAAACGUAAUAAUAAAAAAGGUGAUCAACAAGUUACAUCAUCAACUGUUGUGCCAUUAACAACAACAGCAGUAACAGCAGUAGCAGUAACAGCGACCACAGCAAUAGUACCACCACCAACAACAACAGCAACAACAACAACGUCGACAACAACAAAUAAUACACAAACAUCAAUAAUUAAUAAUUUUAUUGAUAGAAUACCAAGAUCAUCAAAUAAUAAUGAUAAUAUUAAUCAACAACAAUCAUCAACAAAUGGUUAUUUUGAUUUUGAAAAAUGGAAUUUAUCACCACAAAAUAAUAAAAUGUUUUCAUCAACAUCAACACCAUUUUUAACACAUAAUACUAUUAUGUCAAAUGGUAAUUUUAUUGGCAAUACAAAUAAUCAACAAUCAAUGACAUCACCACCACAGCUUGCUUAUUUUCCAACUUUUAAUUUAACAAGUGGACAACAUUCACAAGAAUAUCAAUCAACAGUUGAUAUGUCUGCUGUUAAUUAUCAACCACAACAACAACAGCAGCAUUAUCAUCAUCAUCAUCAUCAACUACCACAACAACAACUUCAGCUGCAGCAGCAACAACAACAACAGCAACAAUUACAACAACAGCAGCUGCAAAUACAACAAUCACAACAACAAAAUAUACUAACAACAAAUCUAACACCAGUAAAUACAAAAAUAACAAAUCAUGAAGGUCAAUUAAAUAAUAUUAAAAAAGUUAUAGUUCCGGAUAUUGAAGAAGAAUUAGAAUUUUUACAAAAUAAUGAAUUUAUAGAACAUAAAGAAAAUAAUAAAAUAAAUAAUAAAGAAUUAAAAAAACCAUCAUUAGAUCCAAAUACUGGUUUUAUGACAAGUUUUUUAAAAUUUUUACAAGGUGAAAGAGAACCAUCACCAACACCAAUAAUACGUGGUGGUAAAAAAUCAACAUGGAACAGAACACGACCAUAUGUACCACCUGAAUCUACAUCAUCAUCACCUGCAUCAUCAUCAUUGUCACAACGUAAAAAUGAUAUCAUUAAUGGACAAUAUGAUAAUAAUAAAAAUACAACAGCAACAACAGCAAUAACAACGACAACAACAUUAACAAAACAAGAUCAAUUACCAACAAUUGAUUAUGCAAAUGAUCCAAGAUAUUUUCCACUACCAAAAGAAAGAAAAAAACCAUAUUUUUCAUCAACUGAUGAUGAUGAUAAUAAUGAGGAUGAUGGAGAUGAUGAUGUUGGAGAUGACGAUGAUCAUGAUAGUGAUGAUACAUAUAUAUUAAAUAAAAAUAAUAAAUUAAUAAAUAAAAAUAAUGAUGAUAAUUUAUUAAAUAAUAAAAUUAAUAAUAAUAAAUCUAAAAAAAUUAAAAAAACAAGUAAAACAAGUAGAACUAAAAGUAGUAAAAAAAUUAUUAAUAAAAAAAAAACUAAAAAAAAUGAUACGACAAUUGAAAGAAUGAAAAAAAAAAGUAUUAUAAGUAAUGCAACAAUUGAUAUAUUAAAUACAAAAAUAAUGAAUAAUAAAAGAUCAAAAAAUAAUAAUUCAUCAUCAUCUUCAUCGUCAUCAUUACCACCAAGAAGAGAAACAGCUAAAAGAAAGGCUAAAGAAAAAAUAACAAAUAAACAACUUGCUGAACAACAUAGUGAUGAUGAUGGAGGUGUUGAUGGUGCUGGUGGUGAUGAUGGUGGUGAUCCAGCAUGGAAUCCAUCAGCAAAAACAGCUAUUGGAGCUAUUGUUGAAGUUGAUGAUAAUAAUAAAAAGAAAAAACGUGGUAAAAUAAUUGUUAAUAAACGUGGACAUAAACGUAUGCUUGAUGAUGAUGAAUAUAUGUCAACAAUUGAUGCUGUUAGUCGUAUUGGUGGUACAAAUAAUAAAAAAAAAAGAACAAAAAGAAAUUCAACAAAAUCAUCUGUUAAAAUUGAUGAAAAAUUAUUGGCAUCAAUUAGUGAUGAGGACAUUGACAUAUCACCAUUUAAGCAGCGAAUUAUGGAUGAUCAUGAUGACGGGGCUGGUGAAUUUGUUGUUAUUAAAUCAGAACUUAAUGAGGAAUAUCCAGCACUUUGGAGAAUUGAUGGAAAAACAUUGUUACAAAAAUAUGAGCCAUUUGAUUCAAAUGGCAAAAUACUUUAUAGGAAUAUAUCAACGUACUCUGGAUGGUCACCACAAAAUCGUCAAAUUUAUCAACAAGUACCAGUUAAAUUUUGGCUACAAGAAAAAAUGGAAACAGUUGUUGAAUUUUUACGUGAUGAAUUAAUACUGGAUGACAGAGAAUUUAUCAAUAAAAAUAUCCAAGAAAAUGAACAGUAUCAAGAUAGCUUUGAAGUGUAUAUACAAACAUUAAUAUCUCAGGCAUUGGAUUCAAAUUUUUUAACUGAAAUAUUACAUGAAAAAGAUGAUUAUUUCUUAUCAAAUGUAAAGACAGUUGAUGAAAUAACACAAGAAAGAAAAAGACGUUUAUUAUCAACAACAAAAUGGCAACAAAAUGUCAUACUAGCAUUCUCAACGUGGCCUUGUUUAAAUAUCAUCAAAGAUUUUACAUCAGCUGAAAGUAAAGAUAAAGAUUGUAGUGGUUGUCAUCGUGAAAAAAUAUUUUCAAGAAUAUUUUUAUAUGGACAACCGUAUAAUGAAUCAACAUUGGAUUCUUUGUACAUACAUCAACCAUCACCACAAGAUCCACAAGAAAAGGAAUUUUAUUUAUGCAGAGUUUGUCAUAAAAAAGCUGGAUUAUUUAAUAAAGUUGCACAUCAAAAAUAUCUCAUGUUUCUUGAGUGUGCCAGGCGAGUUAAUGAAAGAAAAACAGUUGAUAAAAAUAAGGAUACAACAACCGUCUUGAAUGAAUUAUUGGCUGAUGAAGCAUGGUUGAAUCAGUUGUUCAAAGAUGUACGAACAAUAUGGGCAGAAAUUGAUAGUAUAGAGCAUCAAGAAAGACAAAAAGAAAAUUCUAAAUUAAAAAAUACAAAUAAAAUUCAAAAAAAUAUUAAUUCUGAAUUACCAAUGAUUCAAGGAUUAACAAAUCAUUCAUCUGAUUAUAUUGAAAGUGCCAGUGUUUUGUAGUGUUUAGAAAAAAAAAAAACAAACAACAGAAAAAACAACAACAACAAU